GACUUGUGUAAAUUAAAAGCAAUCUCCAAAACAACACCACCACACACUGUACAGAACCUGUAAUACUAUUACACUUAAAAGAAUGGAGACAACUAGAAGUAGAUUGUUCGUUCCGAGAAAGUGCUCAAUCACAAAUUGCCAAACUGUUGAGAAGGACUAUCAACGUGAAAUUCAGAACAUUGAGGCAAAACGAACCAAGAUGAAGCAAAUAGAGGAAUCGAGAAGACAAGCCAUUGCUGGCACUAGGGAGGAGCAGUUACAACUUCAAAAACAAAGGAAACAAGAUUAUGAUCGUCAUUUGGAAUUAAAAGGAAGAAAAGAACACGAGAAUGUAGUAAAGGAAAAGACAUUCAUAAAACAAAUUCCGAAUGUUGUGGACACGAGACCAAAGACAGCUCCACUCUCUGAAAUUAAACCAAGGGAGACACCUAGAGAUAGAUAUAUUCAUGCCAAUACUAGUAAUGAAAAGAGGAGAGAAUAUAUGAAGUCCUUAAUGGUGGAAAAUAUGAAAUUACAACAACAAAGGGAAGAAACGAGAAGAAGAGAAAUUCAAGCUGAUAAGCAACCAAUAACUGUGGAACAUUUUCAUAAUAGGGGUAGAUCCUUUUUGUAAAUAUCACAAUAAUUU